CGGGGGCGCGUUUCCGGGAGCGGCGGCGACGGCGGAGCGUGCGAGAGGCCCUGACGCUCAGCGAUGGGGAGACCCAGGAAAGAAGCCGCCAGCACGUCGUCCCCUCGGCCGGCUGCUGCCGCCUCCAAAGCCGUUCCCGCAGCGCCGCCGCCUUCUGCCUCGGCUGCCAGGGCCAAGGCGACGGCUGCGGGCAGCCGAUCUAAGAGUGCUCCGGCUGCUGAGGCUGCCGGCCUGAGCCGGCGGCCAGAGGCAAAGCCAAACUCAUCUCAGCCAAGACCAGCAGCGUCCCGUGGUGCCCAAGGAGAUACCAGGGACCAGGGCAGAGCAUCCACCCAGAGCUCCUCUGCAACCCAGAAGAAGCAACCUGAAGCCAGAGGGGCCACAGCUCAGGCCAGAUCUGACCCAUGUUCCCCAAGGAAACCACCUGGCUCUCACCUGAAUGGAGCCUCAGGGAAUUUUCUGCCUCCUCUCAAGAGUCAGGACAUCCAGCAAGUGGAGAGGGAGACCCGGGGCCAGCGGAGCAAUCCCACGUGGUACGAGUGGCGGAAGAACCGUAUCACGGCCUCGGUUGCCCCCAAGAUUGCCAACAGCAAAUUCGCCAAUGGGAAGACGGAUGAGGUGCCUCAGUCGUACCUUAAAGCGGUGGUGAGCUCUGGCCCCGGGGUGCAGACGCCAGCCAUGUCGUGGGGCGUCCGCAACGAGAAGGUGGCUGUGCAGGCCUACGAGCAGCUCAAAUCCCAGAAGAUGGGCAGGCCCGUGAAGGUGGAAGACUGUGGCCUCUUCAUUCACAGAGGGAAAGAGUGGCUUGCAGCCAGCCCGGAUGGUGUCAUCAAAGAGGCAGAUACAGGGAAGUCCCUGGGGCUGCUGGAGGUCAAGUGUCCCUACAAGCACAGGAACAAGACGGUGAGAGAGGCCUGCAAAGACAGAGAUUUCUGCCUGAAGGUGGAUGGAGACUCCUACUCGCUGAAGAGGGAUCAUGCCUACUACACCCAGGUACAGUGCCAGCUCGCGGCCGCCGGCUUCCAGAGCGCAGACUUUGUGGUGCACACCAACAGGGAGACAGCCGUGGCGCCUGUAGAUUUUGAUCCUGAGUUCUGGGGGCAGACAGUGCCCAAGCUGGAGAAGUUUUACGCUGAGGCGGUGAUUCCCCACCUGGAAGCGAAGGCAAGCAGCUCUGCCUGGGCCAAGGAAGAAUAGACCCUUCCUUGCUCCCCAGGAUGCUCUCUUGGAUUUGCCACACAAUCUCAGCUUUGGCCCCCAGAACAGAAAUGAUGCCCAAAUUUUCUGCUGUUCCUAGACAAUUCUCUGACUCAGCCCCAGCACAACUGCAUCUGCACUGAAGAAGUGGCAUUAGCAAGGCCCUUGUUCAAUAAGGGUCCCUACAAAUAGUGACUUCUUUCUGCCCUGCUGAAGAAAAAUGGCCUUGGAGCCAGGCCAGCUCUCAACCCCGGCGCUUUCCUGCACUGUGCUCCCAAUUGCAUCUCCAGUUUGAACCUAUUUCACUGCCUGAUAAAAGCUAGCGUGCAUCUGGACCUCCAGGGAAAGACAGUGAUGUCUCUAUGCUGGAAUACUACUUAUUUUGUGGAGAAAACUGGAUGACUAAGAAAAAAAUGUAGACUGCUGUCAGGACUAAAUCAUAAUUUCACUCCACAGUGGAGACAGGGCAAAGGAAGACUUCUCAGAGCCCAGGAAAAAAUGGCUUUUGAGCUAAACCACUAUGUGCCUUAACACUCAUAGCAAGGGCAUUUGCCCCCUCCCUGCCUUCAGACCUACUGUUUUUUUGGGUUCAGCCCAUGGCAUUCAUGAAGCAGGGGGACUUGCUCUGAAAUGGCAGCUCUGUGAGGCCUGGCUGCAGAUUUGGGAAGACAGUGCCCAAGAAGCUGACUCCAUUACCAUGGACCUCCAGAAGACACUCCUGUAAAGCCUUCCUAUUCUCUGCAGCAGGGAAAGGAGGCAGCUACUAUGCGGUUACUAACAUGUUCUGCUCUGUUAAAUAAAAAAAAAAAUUCUUUGGAUCAGUCA